AAAGAAUUUAAAGAUUAUAUCCUCAAAAAGUUAAGUGAUUUACAGAAAAAAUUUGAUGAAAUUAAGACUUACGCUGAAGAUGUAAGCAAAACUAUAACUUUUGAAGAAGAAUUAGAAAUUCGUCGGGUCAUGCAAACUGAAUUUAAAAGUUCAGGUCAUUGGUAUGAUUGCCCUAACGGUCAUCCAUAUACGAUCGGAGAAUGUGGAAGAGCAUGGGAAAAGAGUGUAUGUCCAGAAUGUAAUGCUGAAAUUGGUGGAGAGAGUCAUAAGUUAUCUGCUGGGAAUAGAGAAAGACAGAAUUUGGCAGCACCAUAGUAAAAUUAUAGUUAUCAUUGUCAAUUUAUUUAU